AUGACACGCAAACCAACUGUUCUUGCGCGAUUAUUAGAGUGGGAAAACUCAUGCAAGCACCCUGUAACUGGUCUCGAUCCCACAAAAGUCCAAGAACUGUGUCGGUCUGUGCGAAUUGAACAUAGGAGCUCAAAGUCGUUAGUGCGGCUUUUCCAGAAGCUGUCAAUCUCGAAACACAAGUCACAGGCCCCCAUGGAGCACCACCUCGCACAACUAUCAGGAUUUCGUGACGGUGGAUUCUAUGUAGCCAACGAUCGGUCUUUGAAAGAUAUAGAAAACAGAAUUCACCAGUUUUUGUGGAAACGCUAUGGCAAGGGUCUAAUUUACUGUUACGGAUGUGCCCGAUCACAAGGUGAACCCAAGAGACACAAUGAAUGGUUUUUGGUGCCGAUUAGUCAAGUUCCAGAGAUAUUCAGAGUUGUUUCUGGCCUAUGUAGCGGAUAA